UUUGACCCUCCGAUCCCCGGCUGUGUGUGUGUGUGUCUGUGUGCACCAGGCUCCAUCUGAGCUCUCUCGUCAGCACACUUUUCUGUUCUCUCUCUCUUUAUAAAUGGUUUAAAAAAAAGAAAAAAAAUUUAAAAAUCUGAAAAAUCUUAACCAAAAAAAUUUAAAAAGAAAAUUCCAAAAAAAUAGGCGGGCGGGGUUUUUAAACAAAAAAAAGGUUUAAAAAAAAGAAAUCAACGAGAAGAUUCUCAACGUCUCUGAACCCGAGAGGAAAAAAAACAAGAAUUAAAAAAGAAACGACCGCUCGAUAAGGAAAAGAACCCGCGAGGAUCGGCUCGGAGUCGUCAGCGAGCACCGUGUCCAGCCCAGCCGCAGGCGCCGCCACCUCCUCCCGGGACCCCGCCGCCGCUCGACGCCGUCUCCGUCUGCCGUGAGCCGCCGCCCUCGUUUCCUUCCUCCAACCUCAUCAUUUUUUUGUUUAAUUUCGGUAAUCCGUUCAUUCUUUUAAACACACGCACGCUUUUUUUUGGGAAAAAGAGGAGCGCCGUCUGCCGGGCCCGCCCGCACCGCCAUCGAGCUCGAGUGACCGGCCAGUCGUCUCCCUUCACCCCCCGUAACAACACACACACACACACACGCACGCUCGCACGCCCUCGGCCGCGAUGAACCCCAGCGCGCCCAGCUACCCCAUGGCCUCGCUCUACGUGGGCGACCUGCACCCCGACGUGACCGAGGCGAUGCUCUACGAGAAGUUCUCGCCGGCCGGGCCCAUCCUCUCCAUCCGCGUCUGCAGGGACAUGAUCACCCGCCGCUCGCUUGGCUACGCCUACGUCAACUUCCAGCAGCCGGCCGACGCUGAGCGGGCUUUGGAUACAAUGAAUUUUGAUGUUAUCAAAGGCAAGCCUGUUCGUAUUAUGUGGUCUCAGCGUGACCCAUCUUUGCGGAAAUCUGGAGUUGGCAACAUCUUCAUUAAGAACUUGGAUAAAUCGAUUGAUAACAAAGCAUUGUAUGAUACAUUUUCAGCUUUUGGGAACAUCCUGUCUUGCAAGGUUGUCUGCGAUGAAAAUGGUUCCAAGGGCUAUGGAUUUGUUCACUUUGAGACCCAUGAGGCGGCAGAGCGAGCCAUUGAAAAAAUGAAUGGCAUGCUUCUUAAUGAUCGUAAAGUUUUUGUAGGUCGAUUUAAAUCCCGCAAAGAACGCGAAGCUGAACUAGGAGCCAAAGCAAAGGAAUUCACCAAUGUAUACAUCAAGAACUUUGGGGAAGAUAUGGAUGACGAAAGGCUGAAAGAAAUCUUCAACAAAUUCGGAGCAUUCCUGAGUGUAAAAGUUAUGACAGAUGACAAUGGAAGAUCAAAGGGGUUUGGCUUUGUCAGUUUUGAAAAACAUGAAGAUGCACAAAAGGCUGUUGAUGAGAUGAAUGGAAAGGAAAUUAAUGGGAGGCAGGUUUACGUUGGCCGGGCCCAGAAAAAAGUCGAGCGACAGACAGAGCUGAAACGCAAAUUUGAACAGAUGAAACAGGACCGAAUCACAAGAUACCAGGGGGUCAAUCUUUAUGUCAAAAAUCUGGAUGAUGGUAUUGAUGAUGAGCGACUGCGCAAAGAAUUUUCACCGUUCGGUACAAUUACAAGUGCUAAGGUGAUGAUGGAGCAUGGGCGCAGUAAAGGCUUUGGAUUUGUCUGUUUCUCUUCACCAGAGGAAGCUACCAAGGCUGUAACAGAGAUGAAUGGCCGGAUUGUUAGCACCAAGCCUUUGUAUGUUGCUCUGGCUCAGCGAAAAGAAGAACGACAAGCUCAUCUGACAAACCAAUACAUGCAGAGAAUGGCGAGUGUCAGAGCUGUUCCAAAUCCUGUUAUCAAUCCUUAUCAACCAGCUCCACCGUCUGGGUACUUCAUGGCAGCAAUCCCACAGGCUCAGAACCGUGCUGCAUAUUACCCAACAGGUCAGCUUGCACAGCUUCGACCCAGCGCUCGAUGGGCUGCCCAGAGUGUCAGGCCACAACCAUUCCAGAGUAUGCCUGGCAGCAUGCGUCCAACAGGUCCCCGACCACCAACCAUCAGCUCCAUGAGACCAACUUCUGCUCAGGUGCCACGUGUCAUGAGCACUCAGCGUGUUGCUAACACAGCAACACAGACAAUGGGACCUCGUGCUGGUGCUACAGCUCCUGGUGUUCGCUCGUUUACACAAUACAAAUAUGCUGCAGGAGUCCGCAAUCCUCAACAACAUCUAAAUACCCAGCCUCCGGUUGCUAUGCAACAGCCUGCAGUUCACGUACAAGGCCAGGAACCUCUGACUGCUUCCAUGCUAGCUGCUGCCCCUCCCCAAGAACAGAAGCAGAUGCUGGGUGAACGCCUUUUCCCACUGAUACAGAGCAUGCACCCAACUUUGGCGGGUAAAAUUACUGGGAUGCUUCUUGAGAUAGACAACUCGGAAUUGCUUCAUAUGUUGGAGUCCCCAGAGUCUUUGCGCUCCAAGGUUGAUGAAGCUGUUGCUGUACUGCAGGCCCAUCAAGCAAAAGAAGCUGCUCAGAAAGUAGUUGUGCCAAAUGCUGCUGGUGUUUAAAAAUUUUCAGGAGGAGAGGACAACAGUGAAGCUUGCAUUACUGAAGAAAAAAAUCUAAACAUUGGAAAAGUUAAAAAAAACUUUAAAACAUCGCAAAACAGAAAAUGUAUACAAAAACAGAAAGGAAACCUCUAAGCUUAUGAAAUGAAGUCACUACCAGGUCUGGCAUAAGCGAUGCUAGUCCUAGACUUUAAUGGGAAAAUUACAAAAAAAAUUGUAAAAUGAAAAGUUUUCUAGGCCGGGGUAGGUGUUUUAUGCACAGAAACGUUUGAUGCAUUCCUUUCUUUAAAAUUUUGUAAUCCAUUACUGUGGAGAUGUUCAGCAGAUCCACACUGUGUUUAGUUGACAGUGUGUUUAAUGGCUGAGCAUUAAAAACUGAAACUGAAUAUUUGGAUUAUAGAAUGCUUGCUUUAAUAAAAAUGCUGAAUAAUG